ACAAAUAUUUAUUUACUUUCUUUUGGAAGGAUUGUCCAACCAUCCCACCCAAGCUAUUGAUAUCAAACUUAAAAUAAAAUCUUAUUAGUUUGUUUUAUGUCUUUACAAAUGUUAAAGAGAUUGUAGAAAAUAUACCUGAACUCAGAAUCGUCUAUAAAGUACAACUUCUUUAAAACAUAAGGGAUCAAUAAUAUGUUUCAAUUAUGGUCCUCUUCCACUUAGAAUAUGACUAUAUUACCUUGACCUUAUUGAAUAUGAACAAUUUUCCCCUGAUGGAUUACGUUAUACUGUCAAGCACUCGAAUAGCCGAGCGUGCUGUCCUCUGACAGCUCUUGUUUGUGUAGAGGUCUAUUAAAAACUGAUAAAAUUCCGGGAUUUUCUAGAUUUUCUGGUUCCUACAGGACCCCAUACAAUCACACAUCUUUACACAGCUGAACAACAACAGGCCUUCUGGUCAGUUGGGCCCCCACAUCCAAGGACAAUGCCUUGGUAAAGGUGUCAAGCUCUUGGGUCAGGAAUUUUGGGUAAAGCUCCUACCCCCAGGGUACAGCCAGUCUAUCCAUGGAACUCCAAACUUCCCUGCUCAGGGGCCAAGACUACCUCAUCUACAAGGGACCUUAUCCUCACAAGUUCAGUCCCAGAGAAAAAUGUUACCCAAUUGCAACACAGGCAAUACAUCUCAACAGAAUGUUCAUCUUGACAAUAUCUAAGCAAAGUUUAAAAUUGAAUUCCGAUCUUGCACCAGGUCGAGUCUUCUACCAAAGCUUAACGUUUGACUCAGGUAAGCCCUUUAGGGCCAUCAUGAACCUCUUGUUUCAAUUAACAACUUUCAGAGGAUUUUCAAUGCAGAACCAUUUAGAUUUAAACUUAAGGAAACGGGGAUCCGGUGCCGACAUAGGAGGUGGCAUCAACUUCGAUGGGAAUAUGUACGGAAGCCGGGAGGAAAUAACGGAGCAGUGGGCGAAAUACUUUAAAGACCUGUACACCCCUUCAAGCUCACCGGACUUCGAUUCACACUGGGAGUAUGUUGUCAGACAGGAAGUGGAGCAGACCUGA